CAUGUUGAGCAAUUGUGCCAUAAAAGCUGUUUGGCUGCAAAAUAUCACCAAAAACCUUGAUUAAGUCUCAAAACUAUGUCGCUCGCAUCCAAUGAUCUUCAAACGCGCAACAUUGUGCCUCUGGAGUGAUCACAAGUGAGCGUGAUUACCAGUCGUGCUGCGCACAAAGAGCCAUCGCAUAUGAUAGUUACUAAAUUGGUGCGGAAGUGUUGUGCCACGGACGCGCAUCUGCCAUGGAAUACUCGCUCGGGUGGCUGGUGGCGCUGCUCUGCAUCCACCAGUGCAUCGCCCUGGCGCACAACAGUGUCGUGAGUGGAUACCAGAUUGGCGUCGGACGAGCCGAUUGCACGGGCCCACCUGUUGAGAUUGCCUUUAUGGGAUACGCUCAGUUGUCGCAGAAAGGCGAAGGCAUUCAUCUGCGACAGUUCGCCAGAGCCUUCAUCAUCGACGAUGGGCAGAAGCGAGUGGUGUUUGUGAGCGUGGAUGCUGGGAUGAUUGGGAAUGCGGUGAAGAGGGCCGUGCUGCAGCAGCUGACAAAGGAGUUCGGCAGCAUUUACCACCGUGACAACGUCCUCAUCAGCGGCACGCACACACACAGCUCGCCAGGAGGCUUCCUCACCCACCUUCUCUACGACUUGCCAUGCCUAGGAUUCAUCAAGGAGACCUUCAAUGCCCUAGUUAUAGGAAUAGCCAAAAGCAUCUCUCGUGCCCACAAAAGUAUGACCGACGGCCGAUUGUUCAUAUCUGAAACUGAGAUCUUGGACGUGAACAUUAACCGGAGUCCAUCGGCGUAUCUCAACAAUCCCGAGGAGGAGCGCAGCCGGUACAAAUACGAUGUUGAUAAGACGCUCACGCAGGUGCGCUUCGUGACGUCCAGCGGCAGAAUCAUGGGCGCCAUCAAUUGGUAUCCCGUGCAUCCCACGUCCAUGAACAACACGAACAAGCUCAUCUCCUCGGACAACAUGGGCUACGCGGCCGUGCUGCUGGAGCAGGAGUACAAUCCGGGCAGUCUGGUGGGUCAGGGAGAGUUUGUGGGCGCCUUCGCGGCCGCCAAUCUGGGUGACGUGAGUCCCAACAUCAUGGGACCAAAGUGUCAAUUCACGGGCGAGUCCUGUGACGUGCUGACCUCCUCCUGUCCCGCCAACGCCGGCCAGUGUUUCGCUUCCGGCCCGGGCAGCAACAUCUUCGAGAGCACGAAGAUCAUCGGGACGCGCAUCUACGAGGGCGCUUCGCGGCUGCUGCAUCAGCAAUCUGGCGAGGAGAUUGUCGGCGAGGUGAAUUACAUUCACCAAUUCGUGAACAUGACGCAGAUGAAGCUGAAGCACUUCAAUCCCAAGACGAAGACCGUCGAGGAGGUGCGCGGCUGCUUUCCCGCCAUGGGCUACAGUUUCGCCGCCGGAACCACGGACGGUCCGGGCGCUUUUGACUUCCACCAAGGCACCACGACGGACAAUCCACUGUGGAACGCCGUGAGGGACCUCCUGGCCGAGCCGACGAAGGAUGACAUCAAGUGCCAUCAUCCCAAACCCAUUCUGCUGGCCACGGGAAGGGCGAAAUUCCCCUACGAGUGGCAGCCCAAGAUUGUCGCCACACAGCUUCUCCAGAUAGGCGACGUAGUUUUCGUGGCAGCGCCUGGAGAGUUCACCACGAUGAGUGGACGAAGACUGAGGAAUGCAGUGAGGAAUGUCGCCCUUCAGACCUACGAGAAGGACGUCAAGGUGAUAAUCUGUGGUCUCUCCAACAUGUACACCAGCUACGUGGCGACUCCUGAGGAAUACACGAGCCAACGAUACGAAGGAGCUUCGACGCUCUUCGGUCCACACACGCUCACACUCUACGCGGAUCAAUUUGUCAAGCUCUUCCUGUCGAUGAAGGGCGAGGAGAAGAUCGAUCCGGGCCCAGAACCGCCUCAUCUGGAGGACAAGAGUCUCCUGACGCUCCAAACGGGCGUCCUGUACGACGGCCAUCCGUAUGGGCACGACUUCGGCACGCUGAAAGUCCAGCCGAAGGCGCACUACGUUCCCGGCGACACAGUGCGGGUGGUUUUCAUAGCCGCGAAUCCGCGGAACAAUCUUCUGCACGAGGACACAUUCCUGCGCGUCGAGAGGCGCGACGAGGCGAGGAAUGUGUGGACAACAGUGGCGACGGACGCCAACUGGGAGACACUAUUUCGCUGGACGAGAACGUCCAUGAUUCUGGGCUUAAGUGAUGUGGAAAUACUCUGGGAAAUUCCAUUAGGCGCCACACCGGGAACGUACAGGAUAUCCCACACGGGCUUCUAUCAGUACAUUUUCGGCGGCAAAUUUCCCUACAAUGGCACAAGUCAGGCAUUUGCUGUGGAUCAGGAAGGUUAAAUUGCACCAAAAGUGUGUGCAUGAGAGAGAGAAAGAUAAUUUAUUUAUCAGUAAAAGUGUGUUAUAAUGCUAGUCAAUCAAUUUGAGCAUUGUGUUUGACUCUUUCGGAUAGUAUAUAUGUAUGUAUCAAUAAAAGUAAUCGCGAAUUUUUGCCAAAA